AUGGUACAGAUAUACUAUAAUGAGAACCAAGCGUUAGAACCGAUGCAACACAACCAAGCUAACGGCAUAUGGAAGGCCUCCUACAUGGACGAGGCCAAUGCAGACUCUAAGAGGUUCGCAUUCACUAACCCAUGGGGCAAUGAAAAGAUAGACGAGGACGAGGCCAUGUCCUACAACUACUCGAGCGCUAACAGCACCGCUGAUGUGGACAUGAACAGCGACAUGUACAAGCGUAGGAAAUCGAGUCUGGUGGUACCGCCUUCAAGAGCCGCAGCACCGAACCCUUUCCAAUACGAGACUAUGCAAAACAGCACAGGUACAGCACAGCGAGCUAUGUACCCAGAGUCGUCAGCGUACCAACAACAAAGACAGAUCAUGGUCCCACACCAGCAACAAGGACAACUGGCAUCCAGGUUCAACUCUAGAUUCGUGCCCUCUUUGUACAACCCGCAGGAGUUCCAAAGAAGACAAAGUCUCGCUACUGCUCAGUUCUCAACACCAUCAAGUCUGCAUGGUUCAGCGUCCAAUCAGGCGUUCAACACGGGUUCCGGCAACAAUGGUGUUAAUCUGAACUACGCCAGUGCAAAUGUAACAACUAACAAUUCAUCCACAUAUCUGAGUGCUAUGACCCCGAACGUACCGAUGGAGAUGGGCAACAUACCAUUAGCAUCCCCACACAGAAGGCUCAGUGCUUUUCCUACCAGUGGCACCACAAACUCCUCUUUGCAACCACCAUUUAAACAGCUAAGAAGGGACGAGGGUUCCCCAAGGCAGAUAGUCAUCCCACAGAUGCACAGAUGCCACUCCAAAAAUGAUCUACAACCGUGUAUUAAUCCUAACCCAAAAUUUAGGAGAGCCUCUUUGCACUCGAACACCAUAUCGCCUCUUAUCGGCCUCACCAAGAGUCUGCUGACUACUUACGCCCUGUGCUCACCAGACUUCACUUACCAAACAUCUAAGAAUCCAAAACGUGUGCUAACGAAACCAAGCGAAGGUAAGUACAAUAACGGCUACGAUAAUGUGAACAGUGAUUACAUCUUGUACGUCAAUGACGUUCUUGGUACUGAGCAGAAUAGAAAGUACUUAGUGCUGGAUAUACUGGGUCAAGGUACUUUCGGACAAGUGGUGAAGUGUCAAAAUUUGCAAACAAAGGAGAUUAUUGCAGUCAAGGUGGUGAAGUCGAGAUCAGAGUAUUUGAACCAAAGUAUCAGUGAGGCCAAGAUUUUGGAACUGUUAAACGAGAAAAUUGAUCCAAACAAUAAGCAUCACUUCUUAAGAAUGCAUGACUCCUUUGUUCACAAGAAUCACUUGUGUCUGGUAUUUGAACUGUUAAGUAAUAACCUUUAUGAGCUUCUCAAACAGAACAAGUUCCAUGGUUUGUCUAUUCAACUGAUAAGGACCUUCACAAUUCAAAUAUUAGAUUCCUUAUGUGUUCUCAAGGAUAGUAAAUUAAUACAUUGUGAUCUGAAACCUGAAAAUAUACUUUUAUGCUCACCUGAUAAACCAGACUUAAAGGUUAUAGAUUUUGGUUCAUCAUGUGAGGAGACAAGAACCGUAUACACAUACAUUCAAUCAAGAUUUUAUAGAGCGCCAGAGAUUAUACUAGGUAUUCCAUACUCUACCAGUAUCGACAUGUGGUCACUGGGUUGUAUUGUUGCUGAGUUGUUUUUAGGUAUCCCUAUCUUCCCAGGAUCUUCUGAGUUUAACCAACUGACCAGAAUAAUAACCACAUUAGGAUAUCCUCCAACGUGGAUGAUUGAUAUGGGUAAGAGUUCUCAUAAGUUCUUAAAGAAGCUGAACACUUUGAACUUGGAUAUGACUAAUAUUAACGACGUGGAAGCUCAAAAUAAUAAUGCUAAUUAUACUACGGCUAAUAGAAUGCAGAAGAAUCAGCCAACUGCUAAGUAUAGAUUAAAAACGAUAGAAGAGUUUAAUAGAGAUAAUAAUGCUUCUGAAAAGGUUGGGAAGCAGUACUUUAAAUGGGCACUAUUGGAAGAUAUUAUCAGAAAUUAUAGAAUUCAUAAGAAUAUCCAAAAAUCACCUGAAUUGAUAGAGCAAGAGAUGAAGAACAGAGAAUGCUUGAUUCAUUUCUUGAAAGGUAUUUUAAAUUUGAAUCCACUUGAAAGGUGGACCCCACAACAAGCAGCCAUGCAUCCAUUUAUAACACAACAACCAUUUACAGGUAAAUGGUUUCCACCAGGGUCUUUCAAUACUAUGAAUACCAGUAACUUCGGGAGUCAACCCAGACAAGAAGGCAAUAACUCUAAUAACAUGAAGCCAAACUCUCAAGAAGGGCCAACAAAGGAGUUCACCAACUUGAAGAUUAUAGAGGAUUGA